AAUCAAGGAUAAAUAUAGAGCUUGAUGAGGAGAUGACAAACUCAAAUGAUUCUAGAAUUGAGGAUGGUCCUGCCAAGGUUGGGGAGGACAAUGAGAAUUCAUCAAAGAAUAUUCCUACAAUUGGGAUGAAAUUUUUCACCGUGGAUGAGAGCUCCAGAAAAGGCCAUAACGGAGAUCUUGAAAGCGUGACAUAUACAUGCAGUCGUGAAGGCAAUAGAUCGGAGAAUGCAUGCAAUCCACUUAAUCCUCACCCAACAAGUAAAACCGGUUGCAAAGCUAAGUUGACGGCAAGCACAGAUGCUACUGGACUUUGGAGCAUCAUAGCUAAAGAGUUGACUCACAAGAUGUACUGUAAUAUUAAAUGCAGUGUUGAAAUUCCUUUUGGAUCAGAGUACAAAAUAGUCGAGGAUGUUCAACACGAUGGAAAAAUAGUUAAACAAAAAGCACUUGUUGUGGCAUUUAAUCGUGGAGAGUGUGAAGUUUUCUGUAGUUGCCAUAUGUUUGGGUUCAGGGAAAUUUUAUGUAAACAUGCGAUUUCAGCCCUCCUCCUGAAUCAUGUGUGGUCUGUUCCGGAUAAGUAUAUCUUACGAAGAUGGAUAAGAGAUGUGAGUCGGCUAUAUAUGCGGAUCAAGAUCAACUACAACGGAUGGAUAGUCGCACCAGGACAAGAAAGGUAUGAUGAAUUGUGUCGUGAUUUUACAAGGCUAGCAGAUAUUGCAGCACAUAAUGAGUUCGGGUUCAAGGAUUCUAAUUCAUUGAGCGGUAGUAAUUUAGAGCCAAAUAGUUGUGUUGGUGAAAUAGAACGGGGAAUAGCUUCAGGGGAUAAAAUACUUGACCCAUAUUUCACCAAAAGAAAAGGUGCACCGCGGAAGGCUCACUUGAGCUUGAUGCAAAGAAAACAAAGGCACAAA